GCGAAGGAUAUACCAUCAUCAUCAAGUUUGGAAAUGAUAAUAAAUGAAGCUAAUAAUCUCCCUAGUUCUAACCUAUUAGGUGGAAAUGAUAUAAUAAUGGAAUCGUUAACUGAAUACAGACCAAAGAAAACAACUUCUGAUUGGAUUCACAUUACAAAUGCAUUAAUAGUAGUUAACAAUAAAGAUACUGAAGAAGAACAAGACUCAAAAAAUACUUAUAUAUA